CUUUCCCCCCAGCCUUGCGCACGGAGCGGCGAGCGGGAACCGGGCAGGAGCAGCGGAGCUGGGUGGCGGCGCCACUGCAGCUUUUGCCGAGGCUUGGUCCUCGGACGCUCUCCGAAGGGAGCCGCUGCGCCAGGGAGAGAUUUGGCUGCCUAACCGAAGCCCAGAAGUUGCCACCUUCCGAGCGAAGGCAGAGAGCGAGAGCGCGGCUGUCCCCGGACGGGAGAGGGAAAGGAUGCUCGAGUGACUGACGGCUCUGUGUCCCGGCAGCCGAGCUGGAUUGAUCGCGCUUGGCGGGCGGGGAGAAGAGCCACCGAGGAGCGGCGGCGGCGACAUGGGGUCCUCGCCAAGGGCAUGGUGGUGUUGGCGGUGGCGGCAGCGGCGGCUUCAGGGUUCGCCCCGGGCGACGGCGACCGGCUUCUGGAGCUUGUGUUGGCUGAUGCUGGGCGCCUGGCGGGGGCUGCUCGCCUCCGCUUGCCCCACCUCGUGCGCCUGCAGUCCCGAGCGGAUCUGGUGCAGCGAAGCCGCCGCCAGCCUCGUGUCCUUCCCCGUGCUCGGCAAGAGGAGCGAGCGGGAGAAAGUCACCGACAUCUAUAUUGCAAACCAGCGGGAUUUAGAAAGCAUAAAUGAAAUAGAUGUUGGACUGUACACUGGAUUAAGAAAUUUAACUGUGGUGGACUCAGGCUUGAAGUUUGUCUCACGCCAAGCUUUCCUGAAAAAUAUUAACCUACAGUACAUGACUUUAGAUGGCAACCCUUUCAAGUGUUCCUGUGAUAUUAUGUGGAUCAAAGUAUUCCAAGAGACCAAGUUUCCAAAAGCAGAAACUCAGGAUUUUUACUGCAUAAAUGACUACAACCAGAGGAUAUCUCUGCUGGAGAAGCCAGUCCCAAACUGUGGCAUGCCUUCAGUCAAGUUGAAUACACAAAAUCUCACAGUUGUUGAAGGCAAAACUAUCACUUUAUAUUGUGAAGCCACAGGAAGUCCAUCACCAACGAUAGCUUGGGUUUUCAAUAAUAUUGUUUCAAAACAUGAG